AAGUCACACCGGAAGCUGUGAGAUGUGACUGCAGGUGAAUGACAGACAGGAGUCUCCUCUCACUCUGCGGCUGCUGGUUGCUGGUUGCUGUCAUCAUGCAGGUGGAAUCUGCGCAAUGUAGCUCACUUUAGGGAUCUCCAAGCGGACACAUCACCGGCCUCCAGCGAUCACUCACCGAACUCUGGUGAUCAGACUGUGGAGGAACCAUCCACCAAACCUCGGGACAUAAAAUCUGAAUUAUUAUUAUUCUUUUAAGUUUGUUUCGAAAUCCAGGCUUCAUCAAUCUGACAGCGGAUGACAGUAGAGCUGAAAUACUCUGAGCAUCAUGCUGCUGGAAUAACACACUGUUGUGCUGAAGCUGUCAGGUUGUUUUUCUCUGCUGGCGCAGUCUAACUCAGCUGGAGUCGCAUAGGAUGCCAUACAAUCCUAUAGGAAGUGACUCUCGCAGCAGCUUGACAGGCAACAAUUCCCAAGAAAAGCAAAGGACGUAAUCUUUGUCGUGCGGAUCUUUUCUGUUUAUAAAUAACGAGCACGAUGGAUGAAGGCACUGCCACCGAGACCAUCCCAGAUCUGAAAGACAUAGAGGUAAAAAUUGGUCGGAAGACCCCCGAGGGUUUGCUCAGGUGGAUGCGGGAAGAUGCGUCCUCUCUCCGGGCAGAUGCUAAGCUGAGCACCGCACAGGACACCAGUAAGGACACGGGGAAGAAGAGUUUGGAUGAAAAGAUCAGGAAAUUAAAGAUUGAGAUGGCUCACCUGCGCUCGGUGGACGUGAAGAUCUUGCAGCAGUUGCUGGCGGUCCAUGAAGGCAUCGAGGCAGUGAAAUGGUUGCUGGAGGAACGCAGCACACUGACAAGCCGCUGCAGCAGCCUAACCAGCAGCCAGUACAGCCUGGGCGAGGGCCCUGAUACCUCCUGGAGAGGCUCCUGGAGCAGCCUGCAGGACCCCAAUGACAAGCUGGAUAACAUCUCCAUCGGCAGCUACCUAGACACCCUGGCGGAUGACAUGGAUGAGUACUGUCCGUCCAGCUCAGAGUCCGUCAUCUGCUCCACCACGCCACUGGUCUCAGAGGCUACGGCUGGAGUCCGGACAGCGGGAGGUCCUGGGGCUUCGGUCACAGCAGCUGGGACAGGAGCUGGGGUAGGUCUGAGGUCUGGUGCUGGGGCUGGAAGUGGGAUUCGGGCUGGGGAAAGUGAAAAUGGAACUGGAGUUGGAAAUAGGAUGGAAGUUAAAGGUGGACAAGGGGCUGGGGUUACCAGUGCUAUCUCUGGGACUGGGAUUAGUGGGACUGGAACUGGGAAACCAGCUGUUUCUGUCAGCUCUCCCCAAGCCAAGUCUGAGGGCCCCAAGCAAGACCAUCCGGUCUGGACCAAGGCUGCAGAGACCGGUAAAGGAAGCCCUGUUUCUAAGGGCAAAGCCCAGACACAAGCCGUGAAGGCUAAUGGCAUCCUGGAGAAACCAUCCAUGCAAACAGGCAGCCCAACUCGCCCCAUCCUCAACGAGAAACUGGGAACCAGCCAGAGCCCCAAACUCAAACCUUACAAAAACGGUAAGAUCGACUUGGAUACCUGCAAAAUGAAUGGAAAAAUGCAUCUGGAGUACGACGCGCACUGGCGGUGGGUGCAAUCGCAGGAAGAUGUGACGUUUUUGUAAGAAGGAUAAUAACAGAGGGGGGCUAAAGCCACUAACACUUCCUCUGUAACAUCAAAAACCAGAUCACUGAAGGACAGAAGAAGAGCGAAUUGCUGUCCUGAAAUGCACAUAGUGAGGCUUUCCUUAUUGAACCACACUGGGUUUAAAAGACAAAGACUAACUUUUUUUUGUCCUGUUGUUCCUUCCUGUGACUGCACUAACUUUCUAUAAAACAUUGAUGUCAGUAUUAAGGUGGAUGCACAUUACAGGAUUUUGACCACAGUUAGCCAAACCGGGCUGCCUCAAACAAACUUAGGAAAAUCAAUUAGAAAAUCCUGUCAUAGUUUUUCUCAGGGUCUUUCUUGGCAUUCCCUGAUUUUUUUCACUUUUCUUUGGUUUUUCUUUUCUAAAGCACAGUAACAUAAUCUGCCGGAGAGCUGAAACAUGAUUUCAGGUUGCUUGACAUUGUACAUCAACCAAUGUAAUUAAGAGAUUUAAAUUAUAAUUUGACCUUCUCGUCCAGAAAAACCCAUAACCUACAAUUCCUCUACAUGUACUAAAAAGAUUUCUGACCCCCCUCAAAGAAUAUUGUUCUAAAUUACUUAUUUUGUCCUGUGGUGAGCCCUCUGCAAUCAUCACCACCUUAUUAACAGCACUGAUAGAUCCUAUUGUACUGCAUUUAAUUUAAUAGAAGACCAAAGUUUUCCUCUAUCAACCCACAAAUUAAAUUUAUUGUAUAGGCUCUUGACUUAAUGGUUAUAGACAGUAUUACUUGAUUAAAAGAAAACAAAAAACAAGUAUUAAACACCUUUUGAUAAAUUCAGUGAGCGUGUUUCUCCCCAAACUCGUAGCUUACCUGAACAAAAAGUGGAAGAUAUAAAAAAAGAAGACAGAUCACAGAGGUUAGUAAAAGUUUCCCUCAUUGAGAAAUAAUGUACCCACUGUUAGCAUCUGUGUUGUUGUGGAGGUAAUACCUUCAGUGCUUAACCAAUCAUCUGCAAUAUUGUAUAUUCAUUGAAUCGCAAUACAGCUACUCUGUGCAUCAGGUAUUAGUCGUGACUGGUUGUAGGCAAAUACUGAAUAUGGCUGAAAUUUCUUCUUUUUUUUUACCAUUAUGGUAACCUGUGUUUUUAUAAAGCAGAUGUUGUGCCUGAUCGGUGUAAACCUUAACUACAUAUGCCUGUACUUUCUCUCCUGAGAUGAAUGCACUGCUGUUAUGAUAAUCUGAUUUUUUUUAAUCAAUUAUUAUUUUUUUUUGUAUUUUUGCUACCGUCUGGCCUCUGCUUGUGUGUACAAAUGGCUAGACCAACAAUCUGUGUACUCUUGCCAUGUGAGUGUUGACUGGUAAAUGUGUUAUGUUGGCUGGGUGGAUAUUGCAUGCCCUUUGCUGAGAGCUUUAUUGGUUGAAUUGUGAGAAAAGCGUCGAAGACCUAACACAAUUAGCGAAGAAAAGCAAUAUUUUCUUGAAUUCUUUCCACUGGCUUACAUAAGCAGCCUCUUCUCUGCUAACGAAAUCUAAUAUUAUUGUCUGUUCUUCGGGAGUUUCCAAGACUACUGACAGGGAGAGGAUGUGUGUGUGUGUGUGCGUUUGUGUGUGUGCGUUAAAGAGACAGAUGCUCACUGGCCGCCUGGGUUGGCUGCCACAGCUGGCUUGUCAAGGUUUGGAUAAGAAUAGACGACUCCCAAAGGUUUUCAAGAGUUUUCAACUCAUUCAUCAUAGUGUUACUAUGUUUCCUGCCAGUCUGGAGUAAGUCAUGUUAAUGCUGCAGGCGCAAUGCAACACAUUUGAUGAACGUAUUACAUAAUCAGUACUUUAAUCACUGUUUAUGCUAUAGCAUACCCUGUCGAAAAGAAAACUCCUCAUUAAAGGGUUGGUUUACUCUUUCUCUUACCUUAUAUGAGCUGACAUUUGAGUCUUUGUGUGGUAACAUUAGCCGUGUUUACAUCUGAAUGUAUUGCAGAUUAUAGCCCAAUAUUGAGUCGAUCUACAAAGGAAAAUGCUAAUUAAUGCUUGUUUCCAUCCACUCCCGUUAUGCAAAUAUCUGUAGGUGGUGCCAGUUCUUCAGUCAAAAACCAGAAGAAGAGGGCGCAACAAGAUAGCUUAACUAAAAGAGCAUCAGUCGAAUCUCAACGCAGAAAACAUUAUGACAGUAUGACAUUUAUGUUUGUUUCAUGUAUUAAUGUGAGGAAGGGUACGGAUUACAUAAUAUAUCGGAAUUUAUUCAAUCUCCCAUUAAGCAUUAACUCUUAUAAAAAAGGCAAAAACCACCUCAGGACUGAGGACUAUUUCCAUCAAACUUUCCUAAUGUGAUAUUUAAAAAUGCACAUUAUAAUACGUUAAUGGAAACAUGGCUAUUUUCCACUUCUGUACCCCUUCACGUAACCCGUAAUCCCACAAAAUCUAGCCCCCAUUGGGCUAGAUUUACAGUGGGGUAUUUUGGGGGAGGCUAUUACUAACUAAAUCUGCCUUGGAAGUAACUACUGUUGGUAUUAAGAUAGUUAGCCGGACAUGCUAAUGACUGAGUUUACCAUAAUGGAUUAAACAUUCUUCUUGCUACAGCCCUGUGUACACCACUUCAACAUGUGGAGGAAUCUAAAGCUUGACAGGCCAGUUGUGCCUCCUUCAGGAUAGGAGUUUAGCAAAUGGUCAAUAAAUCGACGACUCCAUGUGAAGAGUUAACUUAUAUUAAUAAAACAAUGAGCUGUUAUGUUGAUAACUAUAGCCAGUUCAGCUUCAAUCAGUCCACGUUAUUUCUUGUUAGGUCUUCCUGUGAAGAAAUUCUAUCUUUAUAGGCAGCUACAGGGAGAUGUUAAACUCAGCAUCUCCAUUUGUUUGAGCCAUUCAAGUGUUUCCUCCUCCUGCCUUUCUUUUCAUCCUACUUUCCAUCGCCACACUGGUUCGAUGGAAAUGUUAAGUCUGUGCCAACAAACACAUCAUGCACACACAAUGCCCUCUCGCUGGAGACAGCACCAUAAAGCCGGCACCACAGAAAUAGUGACUGUAGGCCAGUCCUGGAGACAGGAAAGGAAAACUGUGCUCAAACUUGACCUUGAACUCUUGGACAAGUUGGAACCCUUUAAAAAAAAUAUCUGCCCCCCAUUAGAAAAAGAAGAGCAUCUAUCCAUUGCUGGAUAAGUAUUUCAACCAUAUAUCAUCCAGCCACAGUAUAGACAUGAAGUCAUUUGAAACCUCAUUCCUUUUUUAACAUAUGUGUUGGCUGUAAAGCAAUAUUGCAUGCCAAAGAGACUGUCUGCUCUGCUAGUUUGUGGUCUUCUUUCCAAAUUAACCGAGCCAUAUGGGGGGAAAAAAAUACAUUUUAGUGAAGGGAACAAACCUGUAAAACACAUUACAUCCAGCUAUAGUGUGUCUUUCUGAAGCUAUGCUGUAGCACAAAUGUUGUAAUGUGUUUUCACUGGGAACAUCCAGUUUAAAAUUGGAAUAUGAACAUUGUUUUAAACAGCUCACAGACAGAAAUUUCAUGGGUGCUGACAGUCUAGGUGCCAGGAGAAAUGGCUUGUGGCCUCAAUGUUUUUGAAAGAGGGCAAAUUACUGCUGUUUGCAUGGAUAAGAAUGGAAGUGUUACCAGCUGGCACACUUGUGGAAAAUACCUUUCAGUCAAAGCUGCAAGCCUCACCUCAGUUUCCAGAAUUUUUGUAGGGGAUGGAUUUAAACACAACCUGGCAAAAAUCUUUCUGUUCUAUCCUCUUAUGAUGUCCAGGAUUUAUCAGAUGCCCAGUGUGUGAUGUGUUUACCUUGGCUUCAGGUGCCAGGCACCCUCCAGCUAUUCUGGACUAAAGACAAACAGCAUGAUUACAUAGACGAGUGGAUAUCCACACGGUUGCUAUGACAAUGAGACAGAGCAGGCUUCAGCUCUAGUGGCUACAUAAAACAAUGUUUACCGUAGUGCCAGUAGCAAUAUAGUGGUACUGUUUGAAUGAUGCCAGAUGAGAUGAAAGAGAUAGACAACAAAGCCAGACAAAUAACCAUUACAAUGAUGUUUAACACCUUUAUAGAUAAUUUAUGAACCUUAAAUACAUUUUCUAGUACAUCUUCCUAAAAAGGCUAAUUAAAAUGUUUAAUUUGCUAUAGAUCAACUGUAAGUCAUAAAAAUAACAAAAUCCGGAUUUUGUCCCAUAAAGAAAAAUGACAACUUUAAUUUACUUUACAGCUGCAGGCAUGAUGAUUAAAACCCUUUUAUGAAUGACUUAGUUACAUUUACAACUGCAGACUUUAUAUGUUUUUUUGAAAGUCAGAAACCAUGGGCAUUGAUCGACUGCAUUAUUACCAAAUACAAAUGGAUGAACACCAACCAGUUUGCUAUUUUUACUAUCUUGCACGCCAACAUUUGUUUUACUUAAUGCAUAUUACUGAUCUGUAACGUGUUGGUAAAUGAUUUAUUAAUGACUACUUUACUUGGUUACCAGGUCCUGUAAAAACUAAUGUAAAGAUGUCUGCCUCUCAAGGACUUACAACACUGAAACGAGUGAUGAACAACAUUAAAGAGUUGAGAGUCACUGAGAGGCGAGAGAAUCACAAACCACCCAAGGUUUUCAUUUUCAGUGCGCACAAAAUGAUGCACAGUAAAUCACUGUACAUAUUCAUUGCUGGUACCAAUUGUACUUCCUUCUUCUCACACUGCUCUGUCCUGCAUUAGUACACAGCUCAGCCACACUCUAUGAAGCACCUGAAUUGCUAUCAAGAGCCCUUUGCCUCCAAGUUUUGGCUAUUUUGGAGAAGCUAAAA